AUGAUCUUCAAGCAUGUUCUACUACUGAUGUCAGUAGCAGUCAUGGCAGUUCCAUUGGCUGAUAACUAUACACCAGAUGCUGAUCUUGAUGCAGAAGUUGCACCAGAGCAGAGUGUUGAGAACGCUGAGAACGUUGAGAACGUUGAGGAUGCUUCACUUGUAGACACACCUUUGCGAGCGUUGGAUCGCGUCACGCAUUUCUUCUCGAAGCAUAAACAUCAUCACCAGGAUUGUGGAUGCCAGUCUUCCAACUGCUUACCACCCCCGGCUAUGUAUUAUCCUCUUCAGCCGAUUCAGCCGAUUCAGCCGAUCCAACCAAUUCAGCCGAUCCAGCCGCUCCAGCCGCUCCCGCCUGUCUACGAGAUUCCUCCUCCUUAUAUGAGCCCUGCCACCAUAACUAAGUUCAAGACAAAGGUGCACACGCACACCAAUACCUACACCAAUCUUGACGUCAACACCAGAUUUAAGGUGUGGACACAAACUUACACAGACACUCAUCUUUCUACUGCUACCCGCGUAUUUUACCCCGAGCACACGCACACUCUUACGCGCACUGAAGAGUAUCUGGUUUACCCCGGGUUCACCGCAGCUGUUCCCACUCCUGAGGCAGUCUGUGCUCCUGUAGCCUGCGCUCCGUGCUUCGCUGCCCCAGUGCCUGUGUGCUGUGACAAGCAUCAUGGCGACUGCGGUUGCGAUUGCGGUUGCGACUGUGGCUGCGACCUUUGCCCACUCAGCUGGCUCAAUUAG